UCUGCACGCGCGGCCCCGCGGCUGGCGGCGACGCAUCACUCAGUCAGCGAGCAGGGCGAGAGUGGACCGCAGCGGAACAAGCCGAAGGAAACCCAAGGCAGCCAAACGCUGCAUGCACAUCGCCACACCGCGAAGCACAGCGACGCCACCAUGCAGACCUGGUCUUGGGUGCUGGCCGUGUGCCUGGCCGCGGCCGUGACGGCGAGGCCCGAAGGGAGGCCGCCGACGGUGGAGGCCGUGCGCGUCGUAGAGAGCAGCGCGCCCAACGCCAUCAACCUGGCCGUUGAACACCCCAAAGCAGAGGUGCCAGCCUUCAAGCCUCUGCCUGUCGAUGAGGUCAAGGAACAGGCCGCGAAGCCUCUGGACGAGGUCAAGAAGGACGAGGCCAAGGACAUCGUCAAGGAGCAGCCGCUGAAAGAGACCCAGGGCGAAGAGGACGCUAUGAAGCUCCCCGUGCCCAUCGAACCGGACUUCGGCUCGCCCGACGACCCCAAGGUGUUCCCAGAGGGCGCACUGCGGUCGCCCAACGCCGAGCCCGCCGUCGACGCCAGCCGCGUCAUCGGAGAGAAGCCGGCGUUGGCUCUGAUCCCGGUGGCGGUCCCGGAGGCCGCAGCGCCCGUCCAGACCGAGAAGCAGGACAAGGAGGACGAGAAGAAGACCGACAGGGUGGCCAGGGCCUACCUCCCCGCCGAGGCCAGGGGCAGCGACGACAGCGACGGCCUGGAACGACGGCCGACGCCGCGGCAGCUCACAGACAUCCACCACCUGUUCCUCUCGCACCCCGACCACGCCGCCAGGCUGUCGGCCAGGCUCUCGGUGCCGAAGAGGGAGAUGGUUGGCGAGGGACGCUCCGGCGUGGCCGCUCGGCCCGGCGCCGCCAGGACCGCGAGAAAGGCCCGGCUCGGGUGGGCGACGUCGGGGGUGGACAACAACGACCUGGAGCUAGAGGGGGACCGCGACGAGCCAAGCGUGGACUUCGGCGACGACAGCCAGCCCACGCGCUUCUCGUUGAUGCGAGACGAGGACGCCGUCGAAGCUGACGGACUUCUCAGGGCGAGCGACGGAUACGCCGCACAGCCGGUGCGGGGAGCAGGGCCGCAGGUCACCGUCACCACCUUCAUCCCGACCAUCACCGCCAUCUCGACCACGUCCGCGGACGUCGACGCACGGCGCCCAGCGUCGUCCCGGAUCACCUGGCCGCUGGCCAGCUACUUCCCCGUCGUGAUCCAGGACCCGCUGCUCGGCCUGUACCACUCCUGGGCCUCGGGCGGCGGCCUGGCCAGCAUCCCGGGCAACAUCUUCGAGUACGGCCCGGCCGCCGACGUCUGCAGCGGCUCCCGCGCGAAGCGGAUCCGCCGCGACAAGGACCCCAACGGAGAGCACGCCGUCGUGGUCGAGGAAGAGGAACAAGGGCACGAGGACGACCUCCAAGGCAGCGGCGACGGCGCCUCCAGCAGGGUGGAGCCCAUCGUAGAGGAAGGCAGCGGGGAGGACGCCGUGACGGUGGAGAACGGCGACGACAGCCUGCCGACGGAGCCGUACCAGGAAGACGAUAAUGACUCCGACAAAUCGCCGCAGGACGUCCUGGAGAAGAAGCUGCGCAAGAACAAGAACAAGGUGGACAAGCGCGUGCACAAGGUGGUGGCGCAGGUGAACGGCCUGGCCAAGCGCGUGCAGGCGCGCGUCGCGGACGUGCUGACCACCAGCGGCGCGCUCGGCGACUCCACCGACGCCGGCAGGGACGACGCGGUGCCCGUGCUGACGCGCGUGGUGGUGCGGCGCGGCGGCGUGGCGGUGGCGGGCCCGGGUGGCAUCGCCACGGCGGCAUUCGGCGGCACGGCCAUCGUGGGGCCGGGCGGCAUCGCGGAGGCCAGCGAGCGCGGCGUCGCGGCCUACCGCCCCGCCUGGCUCGGCUCCAUACCCGACGACGGCAAGCUGGUGGCCGUGGGGCCCAUCGUGUACCGCAACCCCCCGGAGGAGCGCGAGGGCCACCUCAGGCCCGCGCACUGGGUCUUCGGCAACACCAGGUCAUUAACUGUGCCAGUUUCAUGUAUAAGAACUGUAUUUAAUCAAAUAAAUAGCAAAAUAUCAAACCAAGGGUCGCCCUGUGCUGUCCUCAGGCUCGCCUCAGCGCCAGCGCGCACUGCGUGGACCCCAGCCACCGACCCGGAGAGCCUUGGACGCGUCUUCGCCGCCUUGGCCCCCAGAGCCCCUCUCCGGAACGAGGCCUACGCCGGCGGCUUGUCGAGCGGCCUUACCAGUGGCGUCGCGAGUCGCCUCCGCGGCGGCUUCGCAGGCGGCUACACGGGCGGCUACUCCAGCGGCCACUCCGGCGGCGUCUCUGGUGGCUUUUCGGGGCUGUUCGGCGACCAGUACCACGGCGGUGGCUCGUUCGCCGGCGCGGCGGCCGGCUCGACUGCGGGUGGGGCGUGGUCGUGGACGCGGUCCCCCGGCGCCAACCUCGGCGAUGACUACCAGCUGUUCUCGGAGCGCGAGCUCCCCGACGAGGACGGCUACUACCACCCCUUCGCCCACCUGGGCCGAGUGGAGCUGCCCGCACAGCGAAGGACCGCGCUGCUGCAGCAGCCCCAGUGGCACGGCCAGCAGAGCCUGCAGCAGCCCUUCUGGCAUCAUCAGCAGCAGCAACAGCCUCUGUGGCAGCCGCAACAAGACGCCUUCUGGGGCGGCCAGGCCGGCCAGGGCCAGCAGCUGUACCUGGACGGCUACGGCUUCGACUUCCCGCCGAGGCAGACGUUCAACACAUUCAAGUCCGGCGCACAAAACCCGACGGCAGGCGCUUACGGGCUGCUGGACGACUACGACGAGAGCGUGCCCCCCUACAAGAGCAUCCUCGCCACCCUGGAGGGCGACCAGUUCGACGCGGCGCUGUCGUACGGCGCGGUGCCCGACCCCCAGCACGAGCCGAGGCCCUACGGCUUCGGCGGCGACCUGCCUUCCCUGCCGUCCGUGCCGCUAGCGUCCUACCCCGCCAUGCCGGCCGCGGACUCGUUCCUCUCGUCGCCCUUCGGCACCUUCGAGUCGCCCUCAGUCGCCUCAGUCCCGGCCCCGGCCGAGUCAAGCGCACCAAGCGCGUCCGCAGCGCCAAGCACAACGGGUGGCAAGACAGGCGCUGCAGAGCCCACCGGGGAGGUGCGGUCUGAGGCCGUGCCUGCCUCCUUGCCUCCGUCCCAGCCUGCCGAAGAGGACGUCGCCGUUGUACCUACGCUGCCGACCGACCAGCUCACAUCCUCCCUCGUAAUCUCGGACUCGGUGGUGCCGUCGUUCGAGGAGAUCCAGGGGCUGGCCAGUGCCGAGGCCACGGAUGGCGGGGCGGAAGAGAAGCCCCUUGGCGAGGACCCCACGGAGGACCACGACGUGCCCGACGAGGAGAACCUGAGCGACAGCAUCCCCGACAUCUACGUGUCGGAGCCCUCCGAGGACGUGCUGGAGGACGCGACGGAGACGGCCGUGCCGCAGGGGGAGGUGACCAUCACGCCGAACAGCGGUGCCGGCGAGGAGGAGGUGGUUUCGGACAAAGCCACGAAGCUCGUCAUCAAGCCAGUGGCCAAGACAGAGGCCGGGGAGGACGGCAUCGCCAUCUCCAUGCCCGUGUCCAAGGCCGUCAUCAGGGGCGACCACCCCGUCAUCGUGGACUACGACCCGGAGGUCUCGGCUGUGGCCGGUGCCAACGGCAUGGCGCACGCCCUGGGGGAGCUCAUCCUCACCUACGUCAACGUCUCCAACGUGCCCUCCACGCCCCUGCCGCAGCCCACGACCACCACGACCGCAACCAGCACCACGGCCUCGCCCUCAACCCCACCCACAGUUGCGUCGAGGACUUCGCCCGCCCCCUCGGAACCAAGCACUGCUGAGUCGACGGCCUCCCCGACCACGACCUUGACCCCGACCCCGACCACGACCACGACGCCGACGCCAACCACGACAUCGUCAACCACACCGACACCAACUACGACGCCGUCAACAGAAGCUCCCACCACGCUGCCAUCAGAAGCCUCUUCGACGCCGUCCACGGCCUCCCCCGUGGUCUCGACUCAAGCGCCGCUGGCUAAGCCGACCCUGAAGCCAACCUCAAGGCCGUCAGCGUCGCGGAGAAGGCCUGCAUCGUCAGCCACGAAGACGGUGACGUCCGCGCCCGCGAAAAAGCCAGUGGCGGCGCCAGCGUCGCCGAGCCCCAAAAAGGAAGCCCCAAAGAAGGAAUGAAAUUUAAAGACUGAACCUGCACCCGGACACCGUGCUCGUGCCCUACUACGGCGGCGCCAAGGGCCAGUACCUGAUCGUCGCCAAGCCCGUGCGCGUCGGGGACAUCAAGAAGACCAUGAAGAAGCCCGCGCGCCCCGGCC